AUGCAGCUUCCCUACUUCAUCUCCCUCGCCCUCCUCCCGGUCUUAUCACUCGCCGGCACUAUCACCUUCGCCUCAAACGACAACUGCGAAGAUGGAACCGAACAAUCGCCUGCCAGCGACGUCUGCACAAAGGCACCUGAGGGGUCGCGUGAUUCCUUCAAGGUCACGGACAUGGGCGGGUGCGACAAUAUUGGAUUGUACAGCGCUGAAGGCUGCGGGCAUAAUGACCGACAGGCGUAUUACAGCGAGUUCGAUAUCCUGCAGUAUUGUAUGGCGCCCAAGUACGACUACACUCAUUACGCUUUUCACGUGUGUUAG